GGCCAAUGGAUGACCGAAUGGCAAGAGUUAGGCAGGAGGGGUGUCUCGACAGCUGCUAAAAUCACUUCAGAUUCACUGGAACGGAGCUAUCUUUUCCAAUUAAUAUUCAUGUUUAGCACAGUCAACACUUCAUUUUGUUACAUAUUUUGAUACGAUGAGGAUGAGUCGGCAAUGGCCUCUGCCUUUGUAGAUGUUGCAAUAUCAAUGCCAGAGAAAAGAGCCGGUAUCCGCUUCACAGGAACUUGGGAACUGCUCAAAUUGAAGAUUUGGCUGUAAGUAGUCUGGCUAACUAUUUUUACAUUACCAAUAAGCUACUCAUCUCUUUCGAUUAAUGUGCAAGUAAAUAUGUUAAAGAUCAUGCUACAAGGUGAUGGAUAUGCAUUUUAAGACUCCCCCAGAACCUAUCCCGAUGGAUUAUUAACAGUGCAUUUUAGUACACUCCAGUUCUAUGUCUUCCGGACAGAUAAUGGAAACGCUUCGGACGGUGUUGGUCGCGCACUGCUCAAGGAAGUAUCUUUAGGCUAAAAGAUCUGAACACAGACGGGGGGCAUCAUUUCUGCAUCCGAUACUGCGACAAUAAGGGAAACAAAUAGCAUACUUUUCAUCAACAUAUGAGACGUUUUGAGACGCUAAUAUGAAUACAACAAUGGAGCACACUGGAAUUGAAGAGGUAAACCAGACACACCAGCAGCACGAGCCCAUCAGCUUUGGAAUAGACCAGAUUCUGAACAGCACGGACCAGUCCAGCAGCUGCAUGCUGCCCAACCGAACCAGCGACACGGAUUACACGCUUGCCCCAAACGUUUACACCAAUGGCUAUAACAGCGUCUAUAACCCGGCCUGCUCUAUGGCGGCUGGACUCGCAGGUUCCUAUAACGUGAACAUGAACAUGAAUGUCAGCAUGAACAUGAACGUUAACGUGAAUGGUGGGAACGCCGGUGGUGUUAUCAGGGUGCCAGCUCACAGACCCAUGCCACCGAAUCCACAUCAGCCCCCGUCUACCCAUCCACCUGGCUUCGCGGGUGGCAUCACCUCAGUGACUUCAAUGCCAAGUAUGGGAAAUGCAGCAAACUUUACCUUCCCGUGGAUGGAGAGCAGUCGAAGGUUCGCAAAGGACAGACUCACUGCGGAGCAGGCAGAGGACAGACAAGCAGGAGACCCCAGUGGGAGGCCAGGAGCCCCCCCGGCCCUGCCAGGCCUCUGCCCUCUCCCCAAGGGGGACAUUGGCAGGGUCCCUACCUGGAGCUCUAUGGAGACAUUAGCCAAACACUAUUACCCCGAACUCGCUCACCUGCGAGACACCGGCCCAUUUGCAGACUAUCCCUUUCGAAAGGGUACUUGUCCAGCCGCCCUUUCUCCCUUCUCGGUGACCCGGCGCAUCGGCCACCCCUAUCAGAACCGGACGCCACCCAAAAGAAAAAAGCCCCGCACCUCAUUCAGCCGUGUGCAGAUCUGCGAACUUGAGAAACGCUUUCACCGACAGAAGUACCUGGCAUCGGCAGAGCGCGCCACCCUGGCCAAGGCCCUGAAGAUGACAGACGCACAGGUCAAAACCUGGUUCCAGAACAGGAGGACAAAAUGGCGGAGACAGACAGCCGAGGAGCGCGAAGCAGAGAGACAGCAGGCCAACCGUCUGAUGCUGCAGCUCCAACAGGAGGCCUUUCAGAAGACCCUGAGCCAGCCCCUGCAGCAGGACCCUUUGUGCCUGCACAACUCCUCCUUGUACGCCCUACAGAACCUACAGCCCUGGGCGGAGGACAACAAGAUCAUAUGUGGACUUCUUGGCGUGGACAGACAUACAUUUAGUUCCACUGAAAUGGACAAUGAUCAAUGAGUCUUCUAAGUUUUUUCAGACCUGAUUCUGUCAAGUAAUUUUCCUACCUUACACUAGAUUUUCACUCUCCCUUCAGCUGUCGGUCUAAACAGAGGACGGAGCUAAAUCCUACCUGAAAUCUAACGGACACAUCAGUAGAUGCCUACCAUCAAGACUGUCCUGUUGCCAACAGGGAAGCACUGACUCUCAGCCAUAUUGCAACAAAACUGGAUCUGAUUCCUUUAACUGGAAUGGAUUCCUCUAACUGGAUCUGAUUCCUUUAACUGGAAUGGAUUCCUCUAACUGGAUCUGAUUCCUUUGCGUUUGGCUUUGUACAAUGUAGUAAUGCAUGUUUCCGAUAUUUCUGUGUGCACUUGGAAUUGCUGUUGAAGUCACCAGGUUUCCAGGUGGAUCCCUUCCCUGACUGCAGUUUGCAAGUGGUAUUGUGGAAUAUCUCUUCGAGAAUUCCUCAUAACUUACUACAUUUAAAGGUGUUUUAUAUUAAAUGAUAUUGUGACUUUUUGAAAAGAUUAUCAAAAUUGAAAGCCUCUUUUGUUGUUGUGUCUUGUGGUUUCUUUCACCAGAAAAGAUAACUGCAUAAUUUCACAAAAUCACACCUCCUAAACUAAGAGUGUCCUUUACUCUAACAACCUAAUGUUGUUGAUUAUUACACACUUAUUUGCAUCUUUCAGUGUUACUCUUUCAUUUCAAUAUUCCAUCCUUUAUGACAACUUCCUCUCCAUAGCCAAACCAGCAGGGUAUGUUUCAUAUAACACCAGAAAAGGCUGUAUAAAGUUUUAAACAGCAUGCUUUUAUCAGUAAAGUGAGUGUUACUACAGUAUAUACAAUUUAGUGCAACAAUGGUUUUUGUGAGAUUUCUUGGAUGCUAUCGAUGUAAUGAUUAGCCUAACUCAACACAUUUUCUGGGAAACGAGGCCCAGGUGGGAGGUUUUCUGAAAAGUUUGUUCUAAAACGCUAGACCUUGUGGGUAGAACAGUGUCGGUGUUGUCUGUGAACCAUGUCCACCCAUAAACUGAACAGUCGUCAACAUCCAAAAUCAUCCAUGUCAAGUCAAAACAAAAAGGUCCUAUCUGAAGGCACAAAACACUGCUAAUCUAGAUAGAUAUCUAGGGUGGGGCAUAUAUAACUGCAUUUCUCUUGUAGGUAAAGGAGCUUCUCUCUCUCUACUUCACAUAGAUCACAGAUGGUUGCCCAAACCAGGAAGUAGUACUUUUCCAUUGUUCAGUGUUCCCAUGUUGUACUGUUUACAAAAAGUCCAUACAACACAUCAGUCAUUGAUAUCAAGAGAAUCUGGAGAACCUUCCUAGUUGAAAACAACUGUCAGCCACCCUUACUGCGCAGAGAUGGCAUGUUUUUUCAGUUUCGAGGGCGUCUCACCUGGUUGAGAUCCUGUCAACUGCAGGCAGUUGUCCAGGUGACGCCUACUCAACCCCCAUUUCCUCUGCCCAGACCUUGGGCCUCUUUCAUCCUGUUGUCUCCAAUGCCAUGAAGACGUGACUUGGCCCAUUUUACAAAAAUUCCUCAGCCUUACUGUUUUCAAAACCAUGCACUGUGUUUUGCUACAGGUGCUUAAAGAGGCUGAGUGUUUUUUU